AGGCCGUGUUAUGUUGCUGUAAGACUUUUCAUUUUAAGUGGUGUUUUUACUUCACAUACAGACAUGGGGAAAUCUUUCGCUAAUUUUAUGUGUAAGAAGGAUUUUCAUCCUGCAUCCAAAUCCAACAUUAAAAAGGUAUGGAUAGCAGAGCAGAAAAUCACCUUCGAUAAGAAGAAGCAGGAAGAAUUGAUGCAAGCUUAUGUAAAAGAGCAGGAUACCUACAACAACAGGUUGCUGAUGGGUGAUGAUCGAGUGAAAAAUGGACUCAAUUUCAUGUAUGAAGCUCCUCCUGGUGCAUCCAAGGAGGAGACCAAAGAGGAAGGAGAAGCUGAAUACAAGUUCGAGUGGCAGAAGGUUGCACCUCGUGAGAAAUAUGCAAAAGAUGACAUGAACAUUAGAGAUCAGCCAUUUGGCAUCCAGGUGCGGAAUGUGAGGUGCAUCAAGUGUCAUAAGUGGGGUCAUGUGAACACAGACAGGGAAUGUCCUCUCUUUGGCCUGUCAGGAAUCAACGCUAGCUCUGUAGCAAAUGAUGAAGCAGGCCCGUCGAUGCACCCCUCCGAGUUAAUGACGGAGAUGAGGAACAGUGGAUUUGUGCUGAAGAAAUGUGUCCUUGAGAGGAACGCCACUAUUUGUGAUGGAGCACAGGAGUUUGUGGCCAGUGAAGAGGAAGAUGAUCCUGAAGUUGAAUUUCUUAAAUCUUUAACAACAAAGCAGAAACAGAAACUCCUCAGAAAACUUGAUCGGCUUGAGAAGAAAAAAGACAAGAAGAAGAAGAGCAAAAAAGAGAAAAAGAACAAACGUAAGAAGAAGAAGGCCAAGACCUCCUCCAGCAGUAGCUCAGACAGUAGCAGCAGUACUGAUUCUGAGUCUGAAAGACACAAAACCAGGAAGGAGAAGAAAAAGAAGAGAGACUCGUCCUCUGAAAUCAGCUCUGACAGUGAGAGUAAAGGAAGAGCCAGAGUACCAAACAAAGACUCACACAACAGCAGUCGUUCUCAAACUUCUGAUUCUAACCACCACAGAGACAGUAAACAUGCAGUCACAAAUUCAGACAAGCAAGACAGGAGACUGGUACAAGGCCAGAGGUCACCACGUGGAAAAGACCGCUUAGACAAUGAUAGGAGUAGACACAAUGAGAGGAGUAAAAGUCCUCACAGAAGAGAAGAGGAACGAGUUAGGGGAGACAGGGAAACAGGCCGAGACAGCAGGAGGAACAGAAGCGUGAGUAGACAGAGAGACAGCGAAAGGAAUGAGAACAAGACGAGGAGAAAACACAGAAGCCGCAGCGGUGAACGAAACUGCGGUGGGAGAGAAAGAAGUAGAAGUCGAGAGAAAAGGAAAGAUCAGGAAAAGAGGGUAAAACGAAGAAGCAGGAGUAGUGAUCGAAAUAGAUGUGAAAAAAGGAGUCGGAGCAGGGAUAGACGAAAAUAAUGGAAGGAGCAGGAGGAGUGAAAGCCACAGCUUUAAACAAAGGAGAGAGGGAAGGACAUAGAAAUGAGUGUUAAACAGGAGAAUUGAGUUGGGAACAUGUGGGGUUGAGAAUGGAAUAUAAAUUUAGGGAGAAUUAAUGCUGGUGUAAUUGUGCAUUCCCUAAAGUUUUUGUUUUGUUUUUAAUUUGAGUAAAAUGUAGAUGUGUACCAUAA